AUGAUAUCAUCUCCUUGGACGUCAUUAGAUUCUACCCCAGGUCGACGUGUUUUCUAUCGCCCACUCGGAAUCACCGAAUCAUGCUUCUAUUGGGAUAGCGUUUUUAACGGCACAGCAGAUUCCACGGUGCAUGUGCACCUUCGCACCAUACAAACAAAUGACCAAGACAUUUAUUCACAACCGAAUGUCACGCGCUCCUGGGUGUCUGUCAAAAGACGAUUUCCCCUCAUUGCGGCUGAAGUGCUAGAGCACGAGUCUGGUUUACGCUUCAUUCUGCGCGAGGAAGCGGUCACAAAUCUUGGACCUGAUGAUGUCAUAUUCAAGGAGGUCAACUCCCUUCACGACACCGAAUGCUUCAUAAACGACAUCAUGGAUGGCCCGCGACUUCUUUCAUCCCAGUUACUUGCUCGUGUCUAUAUUUUGCGCCGAACGGACAAGAGUGGCCAUUUCCACAUCCUAUUCAUGGUCGCUCACUGCGUCGCGGAUUCACCGUCUAUGACCACUGUGCUUAGGACGUUCAUAGACACGCUGGCAUCUCGGAUUGAACCGCCGUACAUUCCUCUGGGCGAAAGGGUGCAUAUGUAUCAGCCUUUAGAGAGCCGUUUGGGUCAUGGGGAUAUUCCGCUUGUCAAACGACGGUGGAGGCGGGCUUUAGGCUAUGCAUUGUUCACGGUGUGGUCAUCCAAAUUCAAGGGUGGCCACACACUCCCCGGAAACUUCAGGGAAUCCACACCUCUUACUCCCGCUAAACCACGCAGCCACAUCACUGCUUUUUCUACCAAAGUGUCAACAAUCAUUCUCUCCAAUUGCCGUCGCCAUAAAAUCACCAUGAACGCUGCGUACUAUGCUCUCAGCCAAGUGGCCUUGGCACGCGUUAUAUGUCGACGGUACCUGAGGGGCCAGAUCUCGGAAGAAGAAUGGGAGUACAGGAAGCGCCAACCCAUGCACAUCUUCGGGAUGUUGAACUUGCGCCCAUACCAAGACAAGGAGUGGGCAGAGACGGGCGGCUCAGGCGAUAUCGGUAUCAAUAUCAGCUUCUUCUGGUACACGCUUCCGUUCAUGCCCCUUGGCGAGAUGUCCAAGGGGCAUGCUAGCAAGCUGGAACUUGUCGAUGGGGCACCGGACUUCCCGGCGCUCAUGUCUUUUGACCGGUUUCUUCUCCGGUGCGCUAAUGUGAAGGCACAAGCCCAGAAGAUGUUUAACCACCCGCGGUUCGCUGAUAUAUGUACCGCUGGACACAAUCGUGUUGCUUUAAGGAAGGCAGUUGCUCUGAAGUGGCUAGAGACGAAAGAUAGCGUUCUCCCAGACGAUGGGCAUGAAAGUGUGAGACCCGUCCAGUCUUUGAACCCGAUUGUCACGCAGAUGGGAUCCACCCUAGGCAACAUUGAUAACGUGAUACCCUUGGACUAUCCUCUACAUGCUGAUCACGAGCUGUCACCCCUGUGCAGGACGCCCCACCCUAAUCGUGCCGGUUAUCCAGCGUGGUCUCCCCCUGGUGAUGCUCUCAAGGACGCCAAAACUCCGCGACUCCAUGUCGAGUACGUGCGCGCUUAUCUUCAUUCGCACCCUGCGGAGCUCUAUCUUGCGGCGUCUUGGCGCCGGCGGUUGCAAUAUUUUUUCUCCUAUGAUCAGCGCGUUUUCGACGACGAGACCAUACGGGAGUGGAUACGUGAGCUCAAGGAUGCGACGCUGUUUUAUCUGGGCCAGUCUCAUGACGAUAAAACGCCUGUACAGAGUAAACUCUAG